ACGAGUGGGUCAUUACAACGCAAACAGCUCACUGAGCUGCGAAUUCUGUCCGAUGAUUCCUCUUGAGAUCCAUUCAAUCGGUUUCUGGAAAAUGCAGACCAAUUGUUCCAGUUCCAGUUGUUUUUAAAGAAGCUAUCUACCUCUCUUUACUUACCUCUUCCAUCCAAGCAGCCCAACCAUAACGAUUGUUACUAUCCCAACUACUCCCCUCUGCAUUUUUUUUCUGCUGUAUUUUUUAUUUUUAUUUUUUGAAAUUUUUGGAUUAACUAAGGAAUUUGUGGCAUGCGUGUGGUAUGUAUAUGAAGAUUUUUCGUGGGUGCCCCGUUUCGGAUGGAAUCGCUCCAACACAAUUCUGACAUUGCUGGUUGAUGAUUUGCUCGAGUUUUAUUAGCCCAGAUUUAGGGUUUUUGAAGGCAUUCAGCAUUGCAACUUCAGGUACCUUUUCUUUGGAUUCUGCCGAAAAGCCACUCUGCCUGCCGCUUUUUCACCGGUUUUCUUCCUUUUUGGGACUCGCCCAGAUUCUUACAUUACUUACUUGGCUUUGGGCAAUUAAAUAUUUCAAGUAUCAAUUACUCUUGCUAUCUGCAAUCUAUUGAGCUGUGCAAUUGCAUUAUGUUUGUGAUGUUUCAAAAGGUAAAAGUGAGUGCUCUGUUGUGAUACAACGGUUAAAACUUCAAUACUUGCUUUCCAGUAUUUCUUUCCCUACAACUACCCUUUAGGUUACGUAUGCACCAUUGGAUUCGUCACCUGACUACAUGGAUUUCCAAGUCUGUGGCAAGUGAUUGUGAAGCUUCUUCAAUUGCGGAUUCUGCUUUACAUUUUUUGACAUACUUUCCUAUUUUGGAUCUGAGUACCUUCACCUCCAUAUUUGGGAGUUAAUUCUUGGGGUGGCUCUGUUUGGAUCUACCAAGUCUGAUUGAGUGGCGGCCAUUGUGCUGAUUUUGUGAUAAUUCUGAAGCAUCGAUGGGGCUUCUUCGAAGUCUCGCGAUGCUUCUCCUUUUGAUAUGCUGCUUUUGGUUGCCCAGUGUUGUCCGAGCUCAGUCGCCUGGUUCUGCACGGGCACUGGAUGCACUUCUCCAAGACUACGCUUAUCGGGCAUUUGUUCGUCCAAGGACCGGUGUUGUCUAUGAUGGGGUUGUCCCCUCAAAUUUGUCUGGGAUUAGUAUUUCUGCGAUGAGGCUGAGGAGUGGUAGCUUAAGGUCUAGAGGUGUUUCAAUGUAUAAAGAGUUUGUGAUUCCUGUGGGUGUCAUUGAGCAGCCAUAUGUAGAGAGGCUUGUUCUGGUCUAUCAAAACUUGGGCAAUUGGUCUACGAUGUAUUAUCCUUUACCUGGUUACAUGUACUUAGCUCCUGUUUUGGGUCUUCUUGCUUACGAUGCUUCAAAUUUAUCUGCAAAAAACUUACCUGAGUUGGAGAUUAGGGCAUCUCGGCAACCAAUAUCAAUCAAUUUCACUGAUAUCCAAUCAGUGCCAGAGGGUUCAGUUGUAAAGUGUGUUUCGUUUGAUUUACAUGGAUUGUUCAAUUUCAGCAAUUUGGUGUCUGGGAAUGUAUGUUCAACAUUCCAACAGGGGCAUUUCUCUAUUGUGGUCGAGUCCACUGCUCCUCCCCCUGUGCCGGUGUCUCCUGCACCACCCGGGGGAGCCCCAAACGCUGGUCCAAGUGGUGAAAAAAAGAACAACUCUAAAGUCUGGAUAAUAGUUGGGUCAGUGCUGGGAGGACUAGCAUUGUUGGUUUUUUUGGCAUUACUGGUAAUGUGGGCACAGAAGUACAAGCACAGGAAGAAAAUGCAACAGAUGGAGAGGGCUACAGAGGCUGGGGAAGCACUGCAUAUGACUACAGUGGGAACCACAAAAGCACCAGCAGCAAUGGUGACACGAACACAACCCACCCUUGAGACUGAAUAUGUGCCUUAACCACUGCCAUUUGUAAAAGCUGCCCUCUUCCAUUCAUUUUCAUGUUCAAUUCAUCGAAUUAGGUAUUCUUCUGCUCACACCUGUUUUUGUUGGUGUCCAUUCCUUAGCUUUGUUGGUUCUUGGUAGGCUCCUGAUUGUAGUGUGGGCAAUAGAGGGUUAUUGUGUAGAUAAUACUCUGUUACCUCCCACGAAAACCGGUCCUACUUUCUUGAUUCGUUAUUGGUGUGCAUUUAGCCGUAGUCCACAGUGGUUUUAUCUGUGUUGAAUUUUUCCAUGCCAUCGACAAGGAAUAAAAAAAAAAAAAAAAAUUCUUGGCAUCAUGCUUUCUUGGAUUGUGCUCAACAAUGGCCAAUUGAUUUAGAUUGAUGAGCAUUAGAUAAAGUUUCACUAUGCAAAUGGGAUAAUAUGAGUGAUGAUUUUUCUUAUUUUGGUAUUGUGAAUGUUGUAGUGGUA